AUGUCUGCGACUCUAUCGAAACCCCGCGGAAAACCCCAGUGUGACUGGGUCAAUCACAUUCCAAACGAUGGUUUGAUACGCUACCGUACUUUGCUGAACUCCGACCGACUGUUGGUGACUUCUCCUGAGGCCCUCGCUGAAGUUUUGACUACGAAAUGCUAUGACUUCAGGAAGCCCAAGUGGCUGGUCGGUGAGCUGAAGCAUGUACUCGGAUCUGGGCUCUUGUUAGCAGAGGGAAAUGACCACCAUUUUCAGAGAAAGAUCCUCGCACCAGCCUUCUCAUUCCGUCAUAUCAAGAAUUUGUACGGAGUCUUCUGGGACAAGUUGCACGAAUUAGUAAAUGCGAUGACAGUCCACCUGUCAUGCAAGGAGAAGGAGCAGCAGAUCACUCGACUUGCGUGUGACAAGUUACAUCCCAGCACCGACGUGCUCGAUAUUGCAGAUUGGGCCAAUCGAGCAACGUUAGACAUGAUUGGGAUUGCAGCGUCAUGUUUUUUGGCCAUCUUGCGUUUUCAGUUGCCUGAUUGGUUGGUCAAUCGUCUGCCCUUUCGACGGAACAAGGAAAUACAGAGAGCCGUCCGCACGAUUCGGGGCGUGUGUGCCGAGUUGAUUCACCAGAAGUCCAAAUCCAUUUCAGAUAAUAGCAACCCCGAGCAUCGGGAUAUACUCAGCGUCACCCUCCAGAACGGCGGCUUCAGCGAAGAGGGCCAUCUUGCUGGCUGCCUUAGUGGGACGAUUCGAAUUUCGAUUGGAGGAUGA